AUGGCGAUCGUGUCGCGGCGCGCAUCAACUGUGCUCCUGCGCUUGUUCGCUUUGUUCCUCGUGGGCACGGUGAUUGUGUUGAUGCUUGUGCGGUCGCACUUUCGUGUGGAUCGCAGUGCGUAUGUUCUCGAGACGGAGCUAGGCACGUGGGACGAGAUCCGAGCAUCCAAGCGGCCUGCUGUGCUGGACCAUGAACAUGUUAUGGCAUCUUCCCCACCUGAUUUGCUGCCGCCAGAAAAAGUGCCUCGAAUCAUCCACCAGACGUGGAAGACCGAUAUGCUGCCGGCUAAGUGGGCAAGUGUGCGAGAGGAGUGUGCGAAAAUGAUGCCAGACUAUGAGUAUAUGUUGUGGACCGACCAAAGCUCGCGAGAAUUCAUCGAGCGGGAGUAUUCGUGGUUCCUGCCAACUUUUGACUCGUAUCCAUACAACAUACAACGUGCGGAUGCCAUCCGCUACUUUGUCUUGCACAAGUUCGGCGGCGUGUAUAUGGAUCUUGAUAUUGGCUGUCGUCGCCGUCUUGAUCCGCUUCUGCGCUUCGAUGUCAUUGUACCCAAGACGAUUCCCGUGGGCGUAAGCAACGACCUCAUGUUUGCGGUGCCUGGGCACCCGUAUUUGGAUCUUCUGAUUCACUCCCUCAGCACAUUCAAUCACUACUUCUUCACGCACUAUGCGACAGUGAUGUUUUCUACAGGGCCCAUGUUUGUCUCAGCCAUGUAUCGUGUAUUCGUGCAGCGGAAUGGGAUCGUCCAGCCGUCGUCGCCGUCCGCGCUUGAUCGCGGCUUCGAAGGCGUUCGGGUGCUGCCAAAGAGCCUGUAUGGCAAGAACCUCAGCCCCAGUGAUGCGCCAGACUCGUUCUUUAUUCACAUGUAUGGCAGCUCCUGGCACGCGAACGAUGCAGGUCCUUUGAUUUUCCUCCGCAAGUACGGCUACUUGCUUCUUUUCAUUGGCAUGCUUAUUGUUGUAAUUGGCAUGCGCCGCGCUUGCUUAGUUGCUUUAGCUCACGUCCUCAAGCUCGUCACUUCAUUUGCUUCCAGCCUGGGCUCACAUGCCGGCUUCAGGGCUGACUCAAACCGAGGUUCUUCCUAUAUAUCCCUAUCAACCACUGCUUCGUCUUCAACACCUAUGGGCUCCAAGAGGCGGGAACUGCCUCCUAGCUCACAUUUCGCACCGAUUCCGUCGACGGAUUGGUUUGUCUCGUCAAGGCCCAGUGAUGUUGAGGCCAAGAUUGCCCCCUCGCCCGUUCAUGGCACCACACCUCCCGUGCCGACUUUCUCCAUGAAUGACUCCCCAAGCGUAUAUGAGCCUUCUGGCAUGCUUCAUCUACCGUCUGAGCCAGUGAUAAAAUCGGCCUCCCAGAUCUCGAGGUCAUCGUCGCCCCUGCCCCAACCGCCGCUAGCCACAAGCGCGAAUGUAAAUGCACGUGAAAAUGUCGACGCUCUUGGCCAUGCGUCCACCCACAUGAAUUCGUCUGAUGCGACGGUUGAGCCCUCUUUCCAACGGCGCAACUCGGAUACCAAUGCGCCGCUGCCGACAUAUUAUGUGGGUAACAGCGUACCUUCGUCGAAUCGGUUCUCACUAUCAGAUGGGGGCGCACGCUCGCCAUCCAUGCCGUCAACCGGACGCUCAAAUCCACUGAAGCGGUUGAGUAGCUCAACAAUGCAGACACUCUCGACGCUUCUACCGCCACCCAUGCGUCGCUCAGCUCGUUCAUCACAUUCUGAUCCUGAUGAGGCCUCAGAGUCGUUACUCAGUCUGGGCGUCGACAGUGCCGAUGGACUCACUCGCACCAUCUCCAGGCAAAGCGAAGAUUACCGAUCAGAAUGGGACAGUCUUGUGCAGGACAUGUCCGAGUCGACGCUGCGUUCGCCAACAUUAGGCCCAGCUGUGUCACCGACGCCUCAAUUGAUUGAAAUGCCUGAUGCUGCUUCUUCCAACUCAAAGAUGAAUGUCUCAGGUUUACUGCGACGCCCCCAUCCUGCGGAUCCGUUUCGUACAGCGACGCCUGGUGUGUCAGCUGGGCCUACUGACGCAGACCUAAAUCCUUCCCAGUAUCCAUAUUCAUCUCACCCUUCCUACUUGCACAAUUAA